AUGGACCCAUCGACGCCAACCGAGCGACCACGCAAACGUCGUGCCAUCAAGGCAUGUUUGGCCUGCAGAAAGGCCAAAGUCCGAUGCAUUGGCCAGCGCCCGUGCGAGCGAUGCACCCGGAACGAUGCCGACUGCCAGUACUUCGAUUUGGCCGAGCAUGCCAACUUCUCCAGAGUAGAGAGGCUUGAGGCUGAGCUGUCCGCACUGAAAGCUAGCUUGGGCGCUGUUGAGAGAAACCAUGUAGGCCGGAUUGAGCCACUUCCGGCGCCGCUGUCUACGCCUUCGACGGCUAGUGGCCCGCCGGACCCCGUGGGCGGGACUUCGCCUGCUCAGAUGUUUGGGUAUGGAUCGUCUCUCCCUGCUUUGGCAAAUGGGAUGCUGGCUUCUCAGACACUGGUUCCACCCAGCACAGCCGCCAGCGCGGUCGAGAAAGGGCUGAUAAACUGGGAACAGGCCGCUUUCUGGUUCCAGAGCUUCUUUUCUGGCAGCCACUACUUCAUCCCAAUUUUCUGCGAGCGGCACGACACCUUCGACUCCGUCUCAUCACGCAGCGCCUUCCUUUUCGAUAGCAUCGUGACCGUUGGAUGUCGGGCCGAAGAAGGGUUCGACUCACUCGUCUACCACCGACUCCAGUCUAGCCUUCGCGAACACCUUACCAACGUCAUUAUCCACGCCAGCACACCAUGCCUCGAAACCGUGCAGGCUAUCACCGUUAUGGCCGGCUACUCGGAAAACGGGAUGGUUCUUAUUGCUAUCGCAUUAAGAUUCGCCUUGCAGUUGGGACUUCCCAAUGCCGUCGAUCGGCUGAUGACGACUGCUUCAGGAAGAGGAGGGCAAGCAGGUGCAGAAGAGAGGGAACUAUAUCGCCUCGCGAGGGUCUGGCAUGGUGUCUGCAAUCUCGAACUCUUCUUUUCAUUGGAUGGCGGCAAGCUUCCUGGCAUAACAUUGCGCACCUCCUCUCGACGAAUCCGCGCUCUCGUGAACCACCCAGACCGAACAGCCGUCGAUAUACGACUCCUGUCCCAAGUAGAGCUCAACAUCAUCCGUUCCAAUGCGUACAGAAAUAUUGCGAGUGCAACACUACCAGACGACGAAUCCGUCCUGAGAUCCACGGUGCAAGAUACAGUCGUUGAGCUAUCGCUCUGGGUAGUGGAAUGGACAGCCAUAAUCUCCUCGGAAAUAGCCGUCCAUCAGAGAGCCUUCGCUUUGUCGAAUCUCCACGUCCAGUACGAGUGGGCGCUCAUCACUCUCCAUCUCAAAGCUUUAUCCGACAGUGGCAUUGAAAACAUCGCCAUCAUGAGCGACCUCCAGCGCGACAUGGUUCGUACCGCCAAGGAGGCAUCAGUCCGGCACCUACACCAUCUGCUCGAGGCCUCGUCGUCGCCGCCCUCACCUGCCGGCUCACCUACUCAGGCACCGCCAGCAGCGUAUCUAUCAACCUUCAAAUGGACAAUGGACUACGUCUGGGCGAAGUGCGCCUUCUCCAUCCUCCUCGUGCUCAAGCUCGCUCUCUUGCUGCGCGACCCUCUGCCCUCCGUCAUACUGCUCCUCCACGACGCGCACAAGGUGCUCGAACAGCUCAAGAAGAUAACCGUCGGCCACAUCGCGUACUUCCAGAUCCUGCAGACCAGCAUCGAGAAAUGCGAAAGUGCGCUGAGGGAGCAUAUGGCGCAGCAGCAGCAGCAGCAGCAGCAGCAGCAGCAGCAGCCGGACCCUAUGGUAGGACUUGCCGGCGCGGGGUUGGGAGAUACAGGGCCCGCGGAGGAUGAGUUCCAAGGCUACGCGCCGAGCGAAUUUGUCUUUGAAUGGGACUUUCCGGGCUUGAAUCUGAAGCAUGUGCCCCUGGGCUGGCAGGAUUUGUUUAUCGAUCUAGAUAGCGUGUUCUGA